CCCCAGAAACACAAACGAAGAAAACGGCGCCAUUGUUGUUAUUUAUUGUUGUUGUUUGUUGUUGUCAGCUGAGAUACAGACACAUGGAGGAGCAGACAAAGGUGUUGGACAGACAAACUAUCCUGAAUGAAGCUAAUGAUGAGUUUAACCGCAAACAUUUAAAACGCGCAGAGGAUUUGUACACAGAGUUCAUCAACAUCUGCAUGGCAUCUGGAGAAUGCGACAGUAAUGACCUCGCCAUAGCCUACAAUAACCGCGGCCAGGUGAAGUACUUCCGGGUUGAUUUUUAUGAAGCCAUGGAUGAUUACAGCGCAGCAGUUAAAGCCAACAGGCAGUUUGAAGUGCCUUAUUACAACCGAGGAUUAAUAAGGUAUAGACUGGGUUUCUUCCAAGAUGCUGAGAAUGAUUUUAAGAAAGCUUUGGAAAUAAAUUCCAACUUUGAAGACGCCAGACUAAGUUUGCAUCAGGCAAUUCUCGACUCUGAAGAAAAAAGAAGGAGAGGCUAUUGAUGAUGGAUUUUCACCGCCGUGUUUAUGACUGAAAGAACUUAAUUCCUAACUGAUUUUUAAGUGUGUGUUGUGAACGGCUUGGAUUUGCUUCAAAGCAGAAGUUUUUUCUUAAAAAAAAUUACUUUUUGUAAUUUAAUCUCGUUGUAAAUUUGUAAAUUAUUUAGGGUUACUAAAUAAUUAUUAAUGCAAUGUCUGUUUUGAACAGGUCUCAUUUCCUCAAAUAAAAUGUCUGUAGUGAAAUUUAUUGUAAAUUAUUAUAAAAUAAUCUACUUUGUCAUCUCA